GUGUCUGUGGACAGAGGGAAGUGGACGGGAGAAGAGUUCGCUCUUAGUGACCGACUGUUGUCAUUACAGUCAAAGUUCGAUGGUGGACACGGUUCGAUACAACCACACCGAUGCAGUCCUGCCGUAAACAUGUGGAUAUUUCUCUUUUUUCUGUCUUCUCUGUGCGUCAACGUGGUUUACGGUCUUUCUGGGGGAAUCUGUCCCAGAAAAGACCCUCCCCCUGGUGUGCUGGUUUUAUCUCCAGGAAGCCACUUGGUCCUCACUUGCAGUGGUGAUGUAGCAGUAGAUGGAGUAAAGGUCAAUGUUGAAAAAGAGCGGAGCUCCAACAGGAAAGACAGUUCCGCGUUUGAGCCAACGACCGCUUUAAACAUCACACACACCAAACGGACUGCAGAUUAUUUCAAAAAUGACAGUUCUUUUUUAAAGACCGGUGUCCGAACUGCAAGAGGAGAAAGUAAAAAUCCAAGAAACACAGAUACAAACUCACACACCUCUCCCCCCACCACUCUCACGGCCCUGACGACCAGAUAUGGCAAAGGGGUGAAGGGUCGCGCUGAUGCUCUGGAGGAUUUUGUUGAAGGUGAUUAUGAGGAGGAGGACGACGACGAAGAGGAGGGGGGAGAAGAAGGCAGGAGAGUAACAAGAGGAAUUAAGUCGAGGUUCCUGUGGAAGUGGAAUGGGAAGCAUUUGGGAGCAGAGGGAAGAGACUGGACGGAAGUCAUGUUGUCGUUGUUCGCAGUGAGGGAGGCAGACACCGGGAGGUACACCUGUUAUCGCAGAGGCAGAGAGAGGUUCUCCUUAAAGGUGAUCAUUUCAGAGCCUCUGGAGACGCCCACUCUGUCCUGCUACAAGAAGUCACCAAGCAGCAAGAUCCGCUGUGAGUGGCAGCUUGAGAGGCCACUGAGCAGACCCACAAACUGUUACCUCAUGCUGAGGAAAAGCCUGUCAGAGAGCUUCAUUCAGAUACAGUGCUCUUACUCCUCUCGUCUCUCCCGCUGUUGGUGCGCUUUGGACCACAAUCAGGACAAGAAGAGUUUGAUUCACACGGCCUACCUGUGUGUCAGCAGCGUCACAGGCAACGCCACCAGCAACGUGCUGACCUUCAUACCUAUGGACAUUAUAAUACCGGACCCUCCCUCAAAUGUAUCAGUCACAGCAGAGGAAGGAUAUGAGAAGUGGCUAAAGAUCACCUGGAACCUUCCAUCCUCAUGGAAACCUCAGGACAAAUAUUAUGAACUGAUAUACGAGGUCAAAUACAGGCCGCUGCAGUCAUCCUUCAAUCAGGACCAGAUAAAUCUGAUUAGAGGCAAGCGUUUCUACAUCAUCACAGAUGCCAUGCCUGGUGUCGAAUACCUGAUACAGCUCAGAACCAAGGAAGAGUUUCAGGGUCAGUGGAGUGACUGGAGUACACCUGUGUACGCCAGCAGCUGGAAAGCUCCAAAUCCCUGGGAUAAUUUUAUGACUACAGAGUUUCCCUCAUUUGAGGAGGAAGGAUCUGCGGUAGAGGACGACAUGUCUGACGGUUUAUCAGCAGUGACUGGUGGAAUGGAGGCGUCGUAUCACAUCCUGUGGAUCUGCAGUUUGUUUCUCCUCUUGGUCGCCAUUCUGGCUGGCAUUUUGUACAGACACAAAAAACAGAUAUUAUCUAAACUUAACCUCUCAAGAAUCGUCAACCAGUCCAGUGAGUCAACCCAACCUGCAGUGUUAACCCCUGCUGCCCCAGAGGGACAGGCCUUGGUGACUUUUCUCCCUCCAUGUCACAAAGAGCCUCCAAUCACUAAAGCCAGAGAUGAAGAAAUGGAGGAAGAAGAUGAGGAGGAGGAGGAGGAGGAGGAGGAAACAGAAGCAAUGCAUUUUAACAACCAUAGCUAUUUCUGGACGCAGACUGGCUGAGGUUCCACUCGAAAAGGGUGCGGAAGAAGCAAUGACUUUUUAUCAUUUCGUAUUUUGGGAUAGAUGUUUUGUCAUCAGAAAUGAGACAAAGUUACUGGAUCAAAAACCCAAAAUAACUUUCCAGGAACAUCUCUCAGGCUUGAUCUCACGUCAAUACCCAAAGACUGGGAAACUUUAAUGAGCUUUAGUCAAAAUCACGGCUUCAACAGAACACCUCAUCAAAGUUGUUUUAUUUUCUUAGGUUAGGUCAAGACUUAAGAGCCUUUGUAAAAAUGUAAAUGUCUUAGUGUAAAUGAAUAUUUUUUCUAAGAGCAUCAAUGAAAAUAGUGUACAUUCCAUUGCAGUAAGUAAAGUGAAAAUACAUAAUAAAACAUCCAUAUUUGACCAGACAGGCUUCAGUAAUUAGGCCUAGAGUUUUUUUGUUUUUGUUUUUUGCCUUAACCAGCAAUAAAAGCUAAAAGUCUGUUGUUA